AUUGUUUGAAGAAUUGCUUUUAUUAGAGUGGGUAGGUGAGACGGACAAGACGAAACGACUUGGUGCAGCUCGAUCUCGCAUCCGAAGCGACGACGAACGAUGGCGGCGGGAGCGAUUCCGGCCACGAAGCUCGCAUACUUCGACAACAUGUGGGCCGUCCAAUCCACCGCCACCCUCCUCUCCCACCUCCAGACCGAGGACGGCCGCCGAGCGCUGAUCUUGGACUCCACCAUAUUCCAUCCCCAGGGCGGGGGCCAGCCGGCUGACACCGGGUUCAUCUCAGGCGCCGCCUCCGGCUUCAAGUUCGUCGUGGAGGACGCGAGAUUGAAGGAUGGCUUGGUUUAUCAUUAUGGUUCUUUUGAGAACCCUCAAGAUGAUUGUGUAUCCAUAGCGAAAGAGGGAGAAGAAGUUCACUUGUAUAUCAACCCCCAAAGACGUGAUCUUAAUUCAAGGCUUCAUUCAGCAGGGCAUUUGCUUGAUAUAUGCAUGCGGAAAGUGGGCAUAUCUCAUUUAGAACCUGGAAAAGGUUACCAUUUCUCGGAUGGGCCAUUUGUUGAAUAUAAAGGCAUUAUCCCACCAGAUCUGCUGCAAAUUAAAUCAAAGGAGUUGGAGAAAGAAGCAAAUGCUUUGAUUUUAACUGGAGGAAAGGUUUCAGCUUCCGUUUUAUCUUAUAAUGAAGCUGCUGAGUGGUGCGGGGGUGUUCUUCCCAGUUACAUUCCAACGGAUAGUGCUCCACGGAUUGUGAAGUUGGGUGACCAUCCUGGCUGUCCUUGUGGUGGGACACAUGUCGCUGAUAUUGCCGAUAUAAGGAACUUGACGGUCACACAGAUCCGAACAAAGAAAGGUCUUACCAAAGUUUUCUAUAGCAUCAGCCCUUGAUAGAAUCUGUGUUCCUUGUUUCUGCAUAGAUUGGAAUUAUGCUUCCUUCAUGCAAUAUGUAAUUACAAUACCGUCGUAUAAAGUGAUUUUUUUGUAAACAGAUGGCUCAACUGAAUUUGAUUUUCCUUCUCAAGCACGCUCAAAGAGUAGUCAUUAGUCCAUGAUACUCAAUGUACCAGGGAGAAUCUACUCUGUAUCCCCAAUUAAGUUGCUUGAUUUAUACUUUAUGAACUUUCAGUCGUAAGCACUUUGAA